ACACACUUUUGUCACUUUAGCCAAAGCUUUAGCCAAUUCAGUGGGUAAUGGGAGUAAUGGGAAUGGGGUUCUUCCGUGUGUCAUACACGGAGCCGUCAGAGCCGGUGGUAGCUGUCACGCUGUGUUCUAGCGUUUGUGCAGUUCGAUCUCGCUGUGCUGGUCGUGUUUCAUAUGGGGAAUAGACAUCCGCGCAUGGCCUGCUCCGCAAUCCCAGCGGGACCGAGAUCGGUGGCCGUGUGGGAGUACCUGCGCUUCUCCGGCACCUGGCUGCCCUACCCGGCGGAAGUUUGCGAGCAGUUCGAAAAGGCUCGGGGCCAGCCCGGUGGCACGGUCGUGUUUGUCAACGCGCCGGGCAUCAAACCUCACUCGGUCGACGUGGUCAGCAUGCGACAGAUCUUCGCUGAGGACCAGGGCUCCUCAGCGGCAGGAUCGACGGUGCGUCGUAUGCUGUACCCGCCGGACAGUGCUCCCGCCCAAGGCGUUUCCUGGCAGUGGCUGGCCAACAACAAGGCCACCUGGUACACCUACAGCACGCCGCUCGUCUGCCUCAUCGAAAAGCUUCGGUUGCAGGGCUGGAGCCAGGUGAACCUGCAGAACUACUAUCCAGAGUGCAUCUACACGCUGGACUUCUCCGUCAUGGUGCAGAGGAACAACUUCUCGGGCUUCUCCCGCAGCGUGAGGAGACUGGACGGGCUCAGGGGCUACCCGCCCAGCUGCGAGGACGCCUCUCCCGCUGCCGAGACAUACCCCGAAAGCUGCGUGGCAGAUGUCCUGAAGCAGACGGGCUGGGCCCACGGUCCCGCUAGCCAGGCAUCACAAAACCAGAAGGUGCCCCAAAACACGCCGUCCACACAAAGGCAGCCCAGGACGCGCCGCAAGAGGCUCGCCGAAGCUGCCCCGGCGGAACUGCCGAUCAAGACCGGCCCGGCCGAAGGACCCCCCGGUGGCAGCGAGGAGUUCCUCUCGGCGCACACGCUGGACGUGGGGGACCCCGUCCCGGAGGAGGACUGCAGCAUUUGCCGGGAGCCCCUGUGUCAGCCGUCAGCGUACGCCGGCAGCGGCCGGGUGGUGCGACUGCGCCGGUGCAGCCAUCCCCUUCACCACGCCUGCCUGGUGGCCAUGUGCCAGAGCAGCCCUCAGGCAGGCCACCUGCAGUGUCCCGUGUGCAAAGCCCUGCACGGGGUGAAGAGCGGCAACCAGCCCCCAGGCCACAUGAGCUGCACUCUGCUGCCGGUCUCCCUACCAGGCUACGAAGGCUGUGGCACCAUCCGGGUCAAUUACCACAUCAGCCCCGGCAUACAGGGCCCGGAGCAUCCCCACCCAGGGAGGCCCUACACUGCCCGGGGCUUCCCCCGCCGCGGCUACCUGCCAGACAACGACCAGGGCCGGCAGGCCCUGGCGCUGCUGGCGAUGGCCUGGGACCGGCGGCUGAUGUUCACCGUGGGGCAGUCGACCACCACAGGCGAAGAGGACACGGUCACCUGGAACGAGAUCCACCAGAAGACGCAGAUGCACGGGGGCGCCCACGGCUACCCAGACCCCUCCUACCUGGACCGCCUGCUGGCCGAGCUCGCCGACCACGGGGUGCUGCCUCCCGACAUGCCCACGGGCCCCCGACCGCCCCCGCCUCCCCAGCAGUCGCUUCUGGUUCCCAAGCAAGAACCGCUCUCACCUUCUAAGCAGGAGUGACUCUACGGAUCGCCCGACGGCCGCGGACCUCCUUCCGGAGUCUCCAAGGGCCCAUAUUAACCGAUAAACUGGAGCAUUUUAUUCUAUGGA